AUGGCCGAACACCCCUCGUUCACACUCGCUGGCCUCUUGGCCGCGGGCGGAACCAUGGGCUAUGUCCGGACGAAGUCGACGCCGUCUCUGGUGGCCGGACUCGGACUCGGAGCUUCGUACGCCUUUGCCGGCUACCUGAUCAAGGGCAACAAGGACUACGGCACCGAACUCGCGCUGGGCAACAGUGUCUUCCUGCUGGGAUCUGCGGUGCCGCGCAUCAUCAAGACCGGUGGCAGGGCGCCGGUGCCGCUCGGUCUCGCGGCUGUCGGCGGGCUUGCGACGUAUUAUUACCAGAAGAAGGUCCGGGAGUUCAGAUUCGGCGUCUAG